UUGUGUAAAGGUGAUGUAGUAACGGUGUUGGAGAAAAGCUCCGAUGGUUGGUGGAAAGGAAAGUGCCGCGAACACACGGGAUGGUUCCCUUCAAAUUAUAUCGACGAAUCGCCUCCGAAUACUUUUGGAAUGCCAAAAAGUAACAUCGAAAUUAGGAAUGGCUUUAGCAAGGUUGUGGAAACGAAUCCUGACCCGGCUGUCAACCAUUUCGCUUUAUCAUCCAUGUCAGAGCGGAGGUUGAAGAAUUCCGCAAGCAACACUGGAAUUUCUCCCCGAAAUGGAAGCUCUCCUCCUCGGCUCAGCGGUCCCUACGCAACUCAGCCAUGGUACUAUGGGAGAUUGUCGCGCGAUGAAACCGAUACAUUGUUGAAUGCGCGUGGUACCGAUGGUGAUUUCCUUGUUCGGGAUAGCGAAAGCAAUCCCGGUGAUUAUUCGAUCUCGCUGAAAGCAACGGGCCGUAACAAGCAUUUCUGGGUUCAAGUGGAUACGGUCAAUAAUUCGUUCAAAAUAGGCACCCGAACAUUUGCAACAAUGGAUGACUUGCUGAAACAUUACAUGGCUAGCCCAAUCUAUACAAAUGAUAAGACAAAUGAACGGCUAUUCCUGAUCAGACCACUGCCACAGUAGUA